ACGGCAACGACCUGACAGAACAUGCCCAACAUGUCGACAAGGACAUUCCAGCGCUCAUAUAUCGCGCUCGAAUCUCUCUCACAAUCCCUACGACCUCGACGAUCCCCAGUGUAUUACACCUACAACCCCCGACGCCUGCAAUCCUCAACACCUGCACCACCAGCGCCAAAACAAACCUCACCCUCGCCUCCAAAACCACCACCAACAACAUCCGAAGCCCCAAAAUCAGCCCCAACAACCCCCAACAUAGCCAAAACCGGCCUCUCCGACAAACCCCUCGAUCUCUCCCCCAACGGGUAUGACCCUUCCAGCGAAAAGAUCGACUGGACACGCAGUUUCCAUGGUAUAAGUGACCAACCAUUCGCCAAAGAAGUGGUCUCCAUCUUACUCGAAGAAGUGAACCCGGAAGAUGUAGAAAUCAAACCCGACGGGAUUGUCUACCUGCCCGAAAUCAAAUAUAGAAGAAUACUAAACAAAGCGUUUGGACCUGGAGGAUGGGGUCUUGUGCCCAGGAGUGAGAGUAUUGUUACCCCGAAGACGGUUACGAGGGAAUAUGCUUUGAUUUGUCAUGGGCGAUUAGUAUCAAUAGCCCGCGGGGAACAAGACUACUUCAAUCCAGACGGUAUCCCCACAGCCACCGAAGGCUGCAAAUCCAACGCUCUCGUACGCUGCUGCAAGGAUCUAGGUGUUGCGAGCGAAUUAUGGGAUCCGAGAUGGAUUCGAAAAUUCAAAGCGCAAUACACAAAGGAGGUGUUUGUCGAGCAUGUAGUUAAUAAGAGGAAGAGUAAGAUUUGGAUUAGGAAGGAUGAGGAGGUUGGGUAUCCGUGGAAGGUUACUAAGUAGUCUUGUCUCGUUCCGAUUGUGUAUAUUAGAUAUGGCGGUAUUCUUCUCUCAUAGAUAUUCGAAUUCGAAUCCUGCCUGAUG